UCACGCUGUUUUCUGGUACAAACAUGCAAAGGUUGUGGCGUCGAAAAAGUCCACUGCCACAGGUGUGUAGUUAUUCCACAAUGGCGACUCAACCCGCUCCAGAUGAACGACUGAAAUAGAAAGACUCAGAGGGACGUGGCUUCAUUUUCCUCCUACCAUGGCAACUGUGAGGGGGAUGUGGGAGGAGCGACGCUCCGAGGUCCAGGUGGUCUGCGUAGAAAGGCACCAAACACACGCCACACUGACGAAACCACCGGUGGGUUGAACUUCAUUCUGAGAAAAAGUCACUCGGCUCCUGGCACCGCUGGAGGAUGAAGGAAUAAGCUGUUUAUCCAGGACAGAUUUAAGGAUUUGCUGCUGCCGGAGGAGAAAAGAAAAGGAAAAAAAAAAUCCACACAAGCAGCGUCUCAGCUCUGCGCCGCUGUGACCUCCAGAGAAGAAGGAAAGACGGACUGAGGAGGAACCAAGCCGUCGGUGCUUGGCUGUUUACUCUGAUAAAAUAGUUCGAUCCCAGUUCAUCUGACGCCCGGACGUGGAGAUAUGUUCAAGAAAAGCAAGAGUAAAGUGUUGGUGGAUUAUACGUCAGAGGAAGACGACAUGUCCUGGCACUAUCAUCACACCUACAAGGACAAGGACGUAGAAGGAGAGGAAGAGGAGGAGGAGGAAGCUGCCACAAAUGUGCCCAAGGAAGCCAUGGUCAAGAAGAUCAUAUCCAAGAAAGAGAGGAGAGACAAGAAGAUGUUCUCCUCCAAAGAUGACGAGCACUUCCUACUGACGGGGGUUAAAGCAGCUGACCGCAAAGGGUCUCACAAGAAAAUCAAAGAUGAUGAAAAGGACAAAGACAAGAAGGACAAACCAGAGAAGGGUCUCUGCUUCUGGGAAAGUGUUACCAUGACAAUGAGGCAGAUCUCACCUACCAAAAAACUGGAAAAGGUUGAGGGCUGGGAGCCUCCGCAGCGUGAGACAGACGAGGGUCUGGAGGACAGGAACUCCAAGCAGGACUCACCGGUGUCUGUCCCUGAGUCUUUAGGCCUUCCCUUGGAACUGGCCUCCUGGAGAGGCCAGGGCACAGAAGAAGACUCCUCGCGCUACGCUAACCUGUCAGACUCCUCUGAUUCAGCUGCUGUCACGUGGACGGCCCGAGCCAAAGUCAAGUUGGCCGGAAUCAGCAGGAUGAGCAGGGGGAUCGUGUCAGACGUGGCCUGGGAGGGGUUUAAAUAACAGCCCCUGCCCCCAAAUUAGUUAUGAAGAUGAACCUGAACCAAAUGCAUAUGUAGUCUUGUUGGGACAGGACUGAAACUUCUGAAUCACUGACAAAAACAAAAACCAAUGUACACCUUAAACUACUGCAACAUUUGGACCACUG